AUGUCAACAAGAACGAGCACUUCUACCCCGGAUACUAAUAAAAACACUGCCCAAACGGGUUUCACAGUACAACGUGAAAGCGAACCCAUUUCACCAGAAAGAUCGCACAGAUCUCAUCAAUUUUUACAAGAGGAAUUACCCAAUGUUGAGCAGGAAUUAACCGACAGCGACGACGAGGAUGAAUUUAUCAGAAGGUUUGGUGAUAUAAAUGUGCAAUACAUUAAACCACCAAAAGACAGCUUCUGGUUUAUUAGACCUCAUGCCCUCAAUUAUUUCAAAGACGGGAUAUUAUUUCGUACUAAAGGUGAAAGAGGAAGUUCCAAGACUGAAUUGUUCUUGGAUUUACUCUAUGUUGGAUUGAUUGCUAAUUUAGCAGGGGAAGCAAGUGAAGAAGCCAGCGGGUUGGCGUUGCUAAAAUACGUUUUAUUCUUUUUGCCCAUGUGGGUAGUGUGGGCCGAUAUCAAGGAUUUCACCAACUACUAUUACAACGAAGAUUUAUCACAAAAGUUGUAUAUAUUUUGGAUACUCUGUUUGCUUACAUUGUACAUCAACAGCCACUACGACAUCACAGAAAGCCACAGUAAAGCUGCAAUCCCCGUCGUGUCCUACAUUCUAUGCCGUUUAUCAUUGGCCGUUUCGCUAGUGAUUUACUCCUUCUUCAUUCCCGAACACCGACCACAACAACGAUUAUAUGCUACGACUAUAUUUGUGACUUCGAUGUGUUGGAUUUCGGUUAUCUUUGUAACCACCAGGGUAAAGAUUGCCCUUGCGUUUGUUUUCCUAUUCUUAGAACAAGUGUGCUUUUCAAUUUGUUAUCAUCCAUGGACUAAACGAUUGAUGCAUCUUACAAUGUCUACUGCAUUGAACAUUGAACACGAGGUGGAAAGGUUUUCGGUCUUUGUUACUAUUGCAAUUGGUGAGUAUUUAUACAAGGUUGUUGCAACUGGAUCCUUAGGUGUAGGCUUCAGUGCUAAAUACGCCAGGGGUAUCUUUCUAUUGGCUGACGCGUACAUUUUAUUCUGGCUUUAUCAAUACGGGGGUACAUCCAGCAAAGCCGUCCACCCUUUGAGGAAUAGUGGAACAACGGCAAUGUUAUGGAUUUAUGCACAUGUGCCAUUGAUUGCAGCACUAGUCUUGUCGGCAGAUGCUGGCGGUGAUUUAUGUGCCAUUGAUAAUACCAGCACUAAAAAACAGCAACACUUGGAAGCAAGAAACGAAGGUGGCAGUGAAGGUGACCAAUCUGAACGAAAUAUGUAUGCAUUGGCGUUCUUUUACACUGGUGGAAUAGCUGUUGCCUUGGUGUGUAUGUUUGUGUUGGGGAUCCUGGAAAAAAGUCGUGACCCGCCACGCUUCUUUCUACUCCCCCAGAAGCUCAGAGUGUUUUGGAGAUUGCCCAUUGGUAUCAUCAUUGUCAUGAUUACUUUUGCAGAAUUGAACACGACGUUGUUAAUGGGUAUUGUGACUUUAUUGUUGGGAGUAUUAUUGGUAUUUGAAAGUUUCGUAUCUACGCCGAGAAACUGUUUGUUCGACAGUCAAUCUAUCAAUGAUGCAGCUUGA